GGAGAACGGCAUCAAAGUGGUCCCGCAAGCGACACACUCACUCAGUAAGCUUCAGCGCACCUUCCGCGAUGGUCAACUACAAGAGAGUUGUCUGCGAGGUCGCAAUACUUUCUGCGAUCUUGACGAUCGCUUUCGCUGCGCCGACUCCAGAUUGUCCGGAGAAACAUUUUGAUCAAAGACAGAAUGGUACUGAGAAUUAUCGGCUUAACAUCGACGGUGUGGUAAUCGCCGUUGCACCUGCCGAGUCGCUAUUGGCUGCAGUGUCCGACAUAGACCUCAGCGAUUUAAUUGAUCUGGAAGACCUGAAUGAACUACAGAAGCCGAAACCGCAAAAGCCCCAAUAUCAGAAACCUGAAAACAAACCUGAUGAUGUUAAGCCCGAUACAUCUAAGCCCGAAGAGACGAUCAACGAUGUUCCAGUUAGCUCGGAGCCCAGUAGUCAGAAGAAAAACGCGUCUUUAAGGAAACAAGAAAAAUCGCAAAGAUUGAAGUAUCGACUCGCAAAUAUGCUGCUUCCGUUAUUGAGAAAAAAUCGCCAUCAUUAAACUAAAUGAUAACGUUUUGCCUAAUGAACAGCCAUGAAGCGUGAUACGACAGAUCUUGCAUUUAUUAGUAAUAUAAUAGUUUUGUAAUAACUUAUAUUUAAGUAUUGUACAUUAAUUGUUUUGUUGAAAAUAAACGAAAAUUCUUAUUGAAAAACCCAAAA